CUAUUAUUACCUUAAUUCCCCCUCAUUUCCCACAGAAACUCAAAAAGGCGCAGAGUAAAGGCAGGGAAUCGUGGAGCGAGAGAGCGUUGGGGGUUCUGUUCAGUUCAGUGUUCAUUUGCAAAUCGCAAGUGAAACUGAUUCAUGAGGGUGAAAUCGAAAACCCUAACCAGCACCAACAACAGCCGAAGAACAAGAAGACGAAGAGACAACAGCAACAAAAUGAAGGCAACAUUGACCACUCAUCUGCAGGUUCAGCUAGGGAUUCCUUUGCAGAAGUACCAGCAGCCGCCGUCGUCUGCAGCCGCUUCGUCCACUUCCAAUCCAGCCUCUCGCUUCCAGAAUCUCCUGGACUCCGUUGCCGCGGAUACGCCGCACAUCCAAUCUUCCCCGGAGGUCGCCGGUGCUGCCGAUGUUGACGUCGUCGAUGACAAGGAUUUCAUUCUCAGUCAGGAUUUCUUCUGUACUCCCGACUAUAUUACUCCGGAGAACCAAAAUUUGCUCAACAGCUUCGAUGGGAACAAGGAAAAUGCUCAAUGCCCUGAAUCACCAGAGAAACUCAACACCGCUAAAAGCAAAAAGCGCCGGCAGGAUGCAACAGAUGAUAUGUCAGACAACCAUCUCAGCCCUUCCUUAGAUCAGCUCCUGAUGUUGGAUCUCGGAACUGCUGCAUUUGGGUCACCACAAGAAAUGGUAACUGAGAAAAUGUCUAUAGGAAGUAGCAAGUCUCAAAGCUAUGUACCACAGUCUGCUGUGGCUUUACGAUGCCGGGUGAUGCCACCUCCAUGCAUUCAGAAUCCGUAUCUAGCAGAAGCUUCAGCAAAUGUUGUUGAUCCUUUCAGAAAUCAAAGAGUGAAAUGUGCAGAUAUCUUUUCUUCUAUUGUGGGGGGAGAUGGCCUUUCAAGAUAUCACACUGAUUUUCAUGAGAUUCAGCAAAUUGGCACUGGAAACUUCAGCCGUGUUUUCAAAGUCUUGAAGAGAAUAGACGGUUGCUUGUAUGCGGUGAAACACAGUACCAGGCAAUUGCACCAGGAUGCGCAGAGGCAGAAGGCGCUAAUGGAAGUUCAAGCUUUGGCUGCUUUAGGUUUGCUCUACUGCUGUAAAGUAAAUUGCUUUAGGUGUCAUGAAAACAUUGUCGGAUAUUACUCUUCUUGGUUUGAAAAUGAACAGCUAUACAUUCAGAUGGAGUUAUGUGAUUGCAGUUUAUCUGUCAAAAAAUUGCAGAAGCGAUUUACAGAACCAGAAGUGUUGACUGUUCUGCAUCAGAUUGCAAAAGCACUGCAGUAUACACAUGACAGAGGAAUAGCUCACCUUGAUGUGAAACCUGAUAAUAUUUAUGUGAAGAAUGGGAUUUACAAGCUGGGAGACUUUGGAUGUGCAAGUCGUCUGGACCAAAGCCUUCCCAUUGAAGAGGGUGAUGCACGAUAUAUGCCCCAAGAGAUACUAAAUGAUAACUACAAUCAUCUAAAUAAAGUUGAUAUUUUCUCCUUGGGGGCUUCUAUCUAUGAGCUUAUUAGAGCAUCUCCUCUGCCUGAAUCUGGAUCCCUAUAUCUCAGGGAGGGAAAGUUACCACUCCUUGCUGGGCACUCGUUGCAGUUUCAGAACUUACUCAAGGCCAUGGUAGAUCCGGAUCCAGUUCGGCGCCCCUCUGCUAGAGAUUUAGUUGAGAAUCCAAUAUUUGGCAAAGGACAAAAAUGCAUGAAAGCAUAGGGUAUCUCAGGGCAUUUUCCCAGGGGGAGACCACAUUUUGUGUAGGCUAAUGCCUGAUGUCCAGCUAUGCUAGCAAGAGGGACACAGUCCAUUGGCAAUGUCCAGAGGAGUGGUCAGUUUAUCAAUUUUGAGCAUCCUCCAAAUUCCCCCCUCAGCCCGAAUGGCGCAGGUUUUGCAGAGACCAGAAGGGUCUUCCACAACGGUAUGCUGUGUUGUGUGUUUGCUUACUUAGAGGUAAGCAAUUGUAAUGUCAAAAAUGGUAUGGACAUAAUUUUUAUUGAUGUUCUGUAAGCCCAACGAUUUGUAGAUGCAGAUGGUGCUUCGUGAAAACAUCAGAUGAUUCCCCUUUUGUUCCCAAUUUGUGUGGGAAAUAUCCGAUCAUCUUUACCCUUUCUUCAGCUGGAAUGGACGUGAUGAUUGAUGGUAUCAAUAGUUGAGUAAAUUCGGGAAAUAUAAG